CCUCCAACAUUCACACCAUCACAUCAACAAAGCAAUCAUCGAAAUGGUCAUCCAAACCGGACUCGACUACAUCCGCUCCCGCUCCAUCGUGGACUGCGACACAAUGGACGAGCAAGUCGCCAGAACCCUCGGUCCCUUUGCGGACUGCACCUCCAACCAGGCAAUCGCCUACGGCGAACUCUCCAAGCCCAAACACGCGUCCAUCCUACAAAUCUCGCUCUCCAAAUCCAAAUCCCUCGUCAACAAAUACCCCGGACUGGCCGUCGAAGAGCUCGCCAUUGAAAUUGCUAUGAUCUCCCUCUCCCUGAAAAUCGCCCCCUACAUCACCGGCUACAUCCACAUCCAAAUAAACCCCUACAACGCCUAUUCAACAAAGAAGACCGUCGCCAACGCUCUACGAAUAAUAUCUCUAACCCAACACCUCAACCCUACAUACCCAUCCUCCCGCAUCUGCAUAAAAAUCCCCAGCACGUGGGAAGGCCUCCAAGCAUGCCAGAUCCUAGAGCGCGCCGGCAUACGCACCCUCGCCACAACCCUCUUCACGUUACCGCAGGCUGCACUCGCAGCUGAGAUGGGGUGUAUGUAUGUAGCACCGUACGUGAAUCAGCUGAAGGUGCAUUUUGAGGAUGGAUUCACCGACCCAGCCCCCCUCCUCCCCCUCUGCGCCCAAAUCCAGCAAUACUACGCCUCAAUUGGAACAAACACCCAAGUUCUGCCUGCGAGUCUGACAUCCGUCGAUGAGAUCUAUGCGCUGGCGGGCGUGCAACAUAUUACGAUCUCUCCAGGUCUGCUGGAGGAGUUGGCGAAGCCAUUGGCUAAUGCUGCUGGGAUGAAACCUUCGUUGUUUGAUAACGAAAACCCUGCCGUCGUGGGGUCAGUACCGGAGCGUUUGUCGUUUUUGCAUGAUGAGGCUGGGUAUCGGAUUGCGUUUAGUAGGCAUCAGGCUGGCGAGAGUGAGGGGAAACUUACUCAGGCUGUUAAUAUUUUCUGCGAUAUGCAGGAUAAACUCGUUCGGCUGUUUGAAUGGUUGCAGCAGCCCUCGCGCUCGGCUUCACGGCUGUGAAGUUAUAGGCGUUGGUUGGGUUGGUGGUAUACGUGGUUGAUAUACUCAAUCCUUGGACUGUGUAGUAUUGGCUACGUAGUGUCAGAGCUACGCCAAGCGAAGGAGCGAGGCCAACCUCUCUGUUUCGCGUAUGCAGAAGAAUACAAGUCCAUUCUCUUCUACCUACCUACCACCCUCAUGGUGUCAUUUAUCUAUCCAACGACCCGCCCACCCGCCAGCCAAGAAAACAUGCCAAACUAUCUAUUGAUUGACUAUUC